AUGCAUCCAUGUCAGGAAACACUUUGUGUGAUCUGUGGUAAAACCUUUAGACAGAAAAGUUCUUUACGCACACAUGAAAAGUUGCACACUGGUGAGAAACCAUUUGUUUGUGAGACCUGUGGUAAAGACUUUAGACAGAGAGGUGAUUUAUGCAUACAUGAAAGGGUGCACACUGGUGAGAAACCAUUUGUUUGUGAGACCUGUGGUAAAGCCUUUACACAGAAAAGUCAUUUAAGCUUACAUGAAAAGGUGCACACUGGUGAGAAACCAUUUGUUUGUGAGACCUGUGGUAAAGACUUUAGACAGAGAGGUGAUUUAUGCAUACAUGAAAGGGUGCACACUGGUGAGAAACCAUUUGUUUGUGAGACCUGUGGUAAAGCCUUUACACAGAAAAGUCAUUUAAGCUUACAUGAAAAGGUGCACACUGGUGAGAAACCAUUUGUUUGUGAGACCUGUGGUAAAGCAUUCCUAACGAAAAGUGAUUUAUGCAAACAUGACAGAGUACACACUGGUGAGAAACCAUUUGUUUGUGAGACCUGUGGUAAAGCCUUUAAACAAAAAUGCAAUUUAUGCACACAUGAAAGUGUUCACACUGGUGAUAAACCAUUUGUUUGUGAGACCUGUGGUAAAGCUUUUAGACAGAGAGGUAAUUUAAGCUUACAUGAAAGGGUGCACACUGGUGAGAAACCAUUUGUUUGUGAGACCUGUGGUAAAGCAUUCCCAACGAAAAGUGAUUUAUGCAAACAUGACAGAGUACACACUGGUGAGAAACCAUUUGUUUGUGAGACCUGUGGUAAAGCCUUUACACAGAGAGGUAAUUUAAGCAUACAUGAAAGGGUGCACACUGUUGAGAAACCAUUUGUUCGUGAGACCUGUGGUAAAACCUUUGCAAAGAAAUGUACUUUACGCAUACAUCAAAGGGAGCACACUGGUAAGAAACCAUUUGUUUGUGAGACCUGUGGUAAAGCCUUUGCACAGAAAUGUACUUUACGCAUACAUCAAAGGGAGCACACUGGUGAGAAACAUUUGUGAGACCUGUGGUAAAGCCUUUAGACUAAGAGGUGAUUUAAGUAUACAUGAAAGGGUGCACACU